AUGUCGCGCCCCAGUAGCAUGAUGGCGCAGAACAGCGCAAUGGCCCAGCGCAACCUCACCUUGACCGAGGAGCUGGAGAAACUCGAGCAAUCUAUUACCCUAACACUGCAAGAAAUCGACCACAACUUCAGCCGCGCCCAUCGUAUAGUCACCGGGAGCAUCCUGCCCGUGGUUGAACAGUACGCGAAACACUCCGAGGCCGUGUGGGAGGGCUCCAAAUUUUGGAAGCAAUUCUUCGAAGCCAGCGCCAAUGUCUCGUUGUCUGGUUACGAGGAGCCCGCCGCUGCAGACGACACCACCGACGAUGUGACCCAUGCUUCCGCUGCUUACGACGAUAGCCCUUCGCUUCGUGCCGAUAGUACUCUCCGUUCCGCCACCGGUCGCCCAAGCCAAUUUGACGACGACGACGACGAAGGGCUUGAGGACUCACUACUUUCCUCGCCGUCCAUGGCCAAGACGCCCCGCAACCCUCCCAGAUCCUCUUUCACCGACGAUUAUCCCUCCCCUUACGAGGCGCUGAAGCGUGAGCUACAAGUGGACAAGAGUGAGGGUUCUGGCGGUGGUGAAGAUGACAUGUCGUCCGAGGCGAGCGGCUUGCCCGAGGAAGGUACUGUCCUCGGCGCUCCAACAACUCCUGGAAAGGUCUCGCAAUCCGUCCUACCCGACAUGUCCAUGACGCCAGAGUCGUCUCCAUUCGCGCCUGGCUCAAACGAUCAGCACACGCGUCACACACGUUACGACUCUAACAACGACCCUCUCCUUCAUCGCAUGCUCGACAAGACGUAUCGAAUCGCUGCUACGCCGCACACAGCACGGAAGACGCACUCUGGUGGUGCCGGUACCAAUGCCGCCACUCCCGGGACUGCCAAUCGCACGAGGCGACGCCUGGCGUUCGACUCCUCGCCUAUGUCGUCUCCUGAGGCACCUGCUCCACAACUGCGCGCCGAUAUAUUCUCUCCCGUCAAGACGCCACGAACCCCGGGUGUUAGCGUCUAUCAACAACACCGAACACCCGGCAAGAGUGGUGGCGGCGGACUUGGUACGGCCAGCAAAUUCACCGGCGGAGCCAAGAGCGUUGGAGACUUCAUUACAUGGGACAGCGACAGUGAGGGUGAGACCGAAUUUAGUCCACCUAAGACGAUGCAGUUCCACGUUCCUCAGAGCCGCCUCAUGCAAACCCCUGCACGUGAGGCAAGCAAGAAGAUUGUUGAGGACCUGCUGCUGACCGCGGGUGGAGGAGAGCUGACGGAUUCGAACAUGACGGAAGAUAGCCCGAGCAUUGUGCGCAGGAACCUGGAUCUUGAUGACAGCUUUUAG